AUGCACAAAGGGCAUCCUAUUGGCGAUGAUGACCUUCAUGAGCUCGCCCUGCAGCUGGACCAGCUCAGCGGCCGCGAGACCGGCAAGGUGAACCUCUUCAGCUUUCUUGAGGCCUUCGUCGUGGAGCGGCCAUCUGGCCAGGACUUUGAUGCCGCCGAAGAGUUCAUGUGCGAGCACAUCCUGAGCUUUUUGUUCCGCAACAGGCACGCGGUGGCGUGUGGCUGCCACGAGGCUGAUCCAGAGCUCUCUGGACGGAUUCGCAGCGCUGCCUUUGCAGAGGUGCUGAGAGGCAUUGACAUCUCGCUUGCCAAGACUCGAAGAACCUUUACCGAUGUCCAGAUCGAUGGAUUGGCAGAGUCGCUUGGUGAAGAGGACGGGAGCUUCUCUUAUUUCGAGCUCCUGCAAGCCCUGAUGGUGCGGGAUUCGGAGAAGAGUGGAUCAAUGACCUUGCGCUGA